AGCGCCACCUUGCUCAUUUCCGAUGUUCUUUUCGGAAAUGGCAGAAACGUUGCGUUUGUGCUGAGAAAACGUGACUAAGAAUAAGAAAGAAUAUUUGAUGGUCGAUCGAGAUCCAAGAGAGAACGAGUGUUAUAUAUUAUUAUUCCAUUGCAUAUUGAUGUACAUUAAGGCUGUCGCGCAACGGUAUGCAGCUGUCGAAGUAAAUCGACCACAGUAACACGGAUACAGAAUUUUUCGCAGUAGUCCGUGGUCACGGGUAUCCGGGUGCCGGCACAUAUCAAUAUAAGCGAGUACGAACGAUUUAGUUAUUGAAAAAAUGGCGGCGGAAAUGCUAAGCAAGAAUCGAAUGAUGGUUUUUAAGUACAAAGGCAAAGAUCAAGAAGUGAGUAUCCGGUGUGUUCAUCAUUGUGCGCAGUUACGUUGUGCGUCUGGAAACUUCGGCUGUCGUACUGACUGGAUAAAUCAAAGAUUAUUAUGGGAAAUGAGAAGAAGAAGAAAUGAGGCAACAGUGGAGUUACGUAAAAACAAACGUGAUGAGACUUUACAGAAACGAAGAAAUGUGCCUAUUACGGAUUUAAUAGAUGAAGAAGAUAUUGAUAAAAAUAACAUUGAUUUAUCAAAAAUCGAUUUAAAGGAAUUAGUGUCGAAAGCUGAUAAUUCAGAUCCAGCUGUUAAAUUACAAGCUGUACAACAAGCAAGAAAGUUACUAUCAUCAGAUCGUAAUCCACCGAUUGAUCGAUUAAUUGAAAGUGGCAUUUUACCAAUUUUAGUUAAAUGUCUUCAACAGCACAAUAGUCCGUCACUGCAAUUUGAAGCAGCAUGGGCUUUAACAAACAUUGCAAGUGGAACUUCACCUCAGACGCAAGCAGUUGUAGCUGCUGGUGCAGUUCCACACUUCUUGCAUUUGUUACUUUCAAGUCAACAGAAUGUCUGUGAGCAAGCUGUAUGGGCUUUAGGAAAUAUUAUUGGGGAUGGUCCUCUGUCUAGGGAUUAUGUUAUCAAGCUCGGUGUUGUACAGCCAUUGUUAACGUUUAUUAAGCCAGAUAUACCAAUUACUUUUUUACGUAAUGUAACUUGGGUAAUCGUAAAUUUAUGUAGGAAUAAAGAUCCACCGCCACCUGUUAAAACUAUUGAGGAACUUUUACCUGCUCUUAACGUACUUAUUCAUCAUACAGAUAUCAACAUUCUUGUCGAUACAAUUUGGGCAGUGAGCUAUUUGACUGAUGGUGGUAAUGAACAAAUUCAAAUGGUUAUAGAUAGUGGUGUAGUGCCUCGUCUUAUACCACUUCUCUCGCACAAAGAAGUUAAGGUGCAAACGGCUGCUUUGAGAGCAGUUGGUAAUAUUGUAACGGGUACAGACGAACAAACGCAAAUUGUACUAAAUUGUGAUGCACUUUCAUAUUUUCCCAAUUUAUUAACUCAUCAGAGGGAGAAAAUUUGUAAAGAAGCAGUUUGGUUCCUUUCAAAUGUAACUGCUGGCAAUCAAUCUCAGGUUCAAGCAGUUAUAGAUGCUGGAUUACUGCCUCUCAUUAUUCACAAUUUAAUGAAUGGUGAAUUCCAAACACAAAAAGAAGCAGCGUGGGCAAUCAGCAAUUUAACAAUAAGUGGCAAUGAAGAACAGGUUGCGCGGAUGAUACAAGAAGGCGUUAUCGCACCUUUCUGUAAUCUCCUUGACUGUAAAGAUACUCAAGUUGUACAAGUUGUUUUAGACGGUAUACACAAUAUGCUCAAACUUGCUGGACCACAAGUUGAACAGUUGGCCAAUAUGAUUGAAGAAUGUUCAGGUUUGGAUAAGAUUGAAUCAUUGCAAAAUCACGACAACAUAGAUAUUUAUAAAUUAGCGUACGAAAUUAUUGAGCAAUACUUUUCAGAAGAAACAAAUGAUACGAAUCUGGAGCCACAAGUUGUGGAAUCAACAUUUGAAUUCGAUCAGACGACGAGCAUUUCGAACGAAGGUUUUAAGUUCUGAGAGGGCCUCUAUUAUUUCUUAUCUGAUCGUGCCGUCCCCCGACAAACUCUGUUAUGGAGUCAUUCUACUUACCCUUUUAUAUUCUUAUGUGGCAAUUUCAAUAUGCCGUUAUCAAAUCAAGGAUCAUGUUUGGUUUUGCAAAUUUAAAACUGUAAUUAUGACUGGCCAAUGUUUUGCCCUCUUCCUCUCCCCCCCCCUCCCCCCCAAAAAGAGAAAUUAGAACAAAACAAGGAUAAAGCCAUGGAGCAAAAGAGUUUCUUAUUGAGAUAAGAAUCUGUGUUCUUUUCUUUUUGAUUCUUUUAACGAACUAUAUGUUAGCUUUUCCCCUUUCUGAUUGCGCAUACUAAAAUCAUUGGUGGAGCGGUACUUAACCGAAUGCAGCUAAUGACAUGCAUCAUAUUGACUAAAUUAUUCUAGUAAAUUAAUUAACUUGCUCUCUAAAUUGAAGAGCAACGAGGAAAAGAUCCUUUUUAUUGUUUGAUCAUGCUGCUCUCCACUCUAACUUGAGAUGAGUCUUGGUUAGUGAUGUUACGUUUAUAAAAUAAUUUGUGUAUAUUUUAGGCAUGUUAAAUUUAUAAUAACAUUGAUUACUAAAUAAAUAAGUCAAUUGACUACUCUUUAUUAGCUUAA